UAUUUAAUAUUGGUCUUAGCCUUUCAAAAUUAUAGAUGAACAAUAUAAUACGGUAGCUAUAGACCCAAGGUUAGAGACCCAAAAAUCCAAUGCAAAUUAUAAAUCUUUGUUAGCUCAGCUGCCAAUUUGCAUUAUAAUGUAUGAAAGUAGAACGAAUUGUUUUCCUUUUUUGGCGAUACAAACAACAUAGGUGUUGGUAUAAAAGCCCCAAUCUCUAGAGCGCAUUUAAAUUAGUUGAAGGCAAAAAGAUGAAAGCAUCAUUGUUAGUUGGUGUCAUCCUGGCGACGGUGUUCUUCCUCAACGUUUCCGCCAGCAACAGCAGCUCCUUCGAGGAAGGGUUCGACUCUCCAGUUGGUUACGUCCUGACCCGCUCUAAAACUAAAUCUCGCAGAUCCCAGGCCUGCCGGCGAAAUGUCCAGAGGAAUUGCUCAUCCACCACGAAGACCUGCGCUCGCCUGGGAAGGGCCAACAUCUGCCAGGCUUUCAAGAACGACUGUCAGCGGAAACUGAGCAACUGUGGCUCCAAAAAAUUCUAUCGCAAAGUUGACGUGUCCCUCUGUCGUGGUUUGCCCAUCGAUGUCGUGCGUCCCUGCGGAAGUGGUUGAUCCCAAGCCUGGAAGCUUUAAAAUAACCUUAACAACACUGUUAACUAUUUUUUAAAACAUUACACAAACCUAAUAAUUUAAUGCUAAAACUAAAACGUAACUAAAUGUAAAACCUAAGUAGACUGUCAAUUGUGUAUUCAAUUGUUU